AUGGUAUACUUCAGCCACCUCUCCUAUAAAGCACACGCCAGCGGAGACGCAGUCAUCAGCCGAGCCCCCGACCAUAAGGAGGAGCGGGAGACCAGUCUGCAGGACGCCACCUCUGUCUACGACCUGCUGAGCAUCGGCAUGGCCAGGAGGGGGCAGUAUGCCAUGCUGUCUGAGUGUCUGGAGCGGGCCAUGAAGUUCUCAUUUAAUGAGUUCCACCUCUGGCACCAGUUGGGCCUGUCACUCAUGGCGUGUGGGAAGGGUGUGGGCGCCGUGUCUGUGCUCAAGGAGUGUGCCAGGAUGAGACCCGAGGACCCCUCACUGCCCAUGUUGGCCGCCAAAGUCUGCAUCGGCCAACUGCAUUGGCUGGAGGAGGCUGAGGCCCUGUCUCAGAGUGUGGUGUCCAUGGGAGAGGAGGCUGCAGAGUUCCUGUCCCGUGCGUACCUGACUGUGGGGCUGUGCUGCAGUCUGCAGGCCUCUGACGCCACUCUGAAAGCUGAUCGGGAUGGGUUCAACAGACGAGCACUGCAAAAUCUGCAUAAAGCCCAUGCAAUGGAUCCCCAUGAUGCUAAGAUUGCUCUCUACCUGUCUCUCCAGCUGGCUCUUGUACGCCAGGUGGCAGCUGCCAUGGAUCCCCUGCAGGUGGCUCUGUCUCUGCGUGGGGACGACCUGCACUCCCUCCACCUACUGACCCUUCUGCUUAGUGCCCAGAAACACCACCAACACGCCCUCGAAACCCUCACACUAGCGCUCAGCCAACAUCCUGAGAACUUCAAGUAGGUCGCCACUCUCCUGUAUUAUGGAACUGUGUGUGAAUGAGAGUGAGAGUGUGAGAGUGUGAGCGAGUGUAAGACUAACUCUGGUGUGUGUCACCCAGCCGGGUGCUCUGGAGGCCCAGGCCCAGACCUCUGUGUGGGGAUAGGGUGUCUGAGCUCCUCACCAGAGCCACACACACUCACUGAAGGCCUUAUUUAGAUGUGCCAGACCAGGCAUCCGCACUGCGCUGAGGAGUCUACCCUCACACACCCUUACCCUUUUCACACUGCCGCACUGACCCCAACUCUUCCAUGUAGGUUGGAGUUGCAGUACUCCCUCUCUCUCUGAGAAGCAGACAACAUUAUGCAGUAAUGAUAAACCACAGACACACAUUAUUAGUCAUCCAUGCAAUUGGCCCGUGCCACAGUGUUGCCUUGCUAUAAGGAGAAUAUGCAUAUUUGAAAGCCACGUGCUAUUUUGAUUAUUUCGCAGUGCCACCUCACCCUAGAGUCUGCAAUAAUGAUCUAAGACACAUGUUCUUCACAGCACGACCAUUUGGGGUCAGUGUUGGUCUCCAUGGUGUCAAGAAGAGAGGGGUACAGUGAAAAUAGAUAGCGGUAAAUGAAUGUGAUAUAGAGACAGAUAAAUAAAGAAAUAUGGAGUCAGAGAAGUACAGAACGAAUCAAACAUUGUUGCAUUUAUAUCGUAUUUGUAGCUAUAUAUAUAUAUAUCUACAGUACCAGUCAAAAGUUU